AUGGCGCACCAGCUGAUCAUGGGUGCUACUGCUGCAAGUCAGUACCAGACAUGGCGGAUUCCGGCCACCAGGGUAGCACACAACGGCCAAACGCAGUGGCCGGACGACGAUCACCAUCGACUGACACGGCCCAUCGACGAACCAAUGAGGAAUUGGGACACAAAACUUCAGCAUUACUUCCAUCUUCACCAGCCUGAUAGGUGGUACAGGACACUGCCCCCAUCUGAGAUGCUUCCCAGAAAUGAGGCCCUUGGGGGCUACAUCUUUGUGUGCAACAAUGACACCAUGCAAGAGGAUCUUCGCCGCCAGCUCUUUGGGCUGCCACAGAAGUAUAAGGACUCAGUUAGGGCAAUAACCCCAGGACUACCACUUUUCCUCUAUAACUACACAGCCCAUCAGUUGCAUGGGGUAUACCAGGCCAUGAGCUUUGGGGGCUCAAAUAUAGACCCAACAGCAUGGGAAGACAAGAAGUGCAGAGGAGAAUCCAGAUUUCCAGCCCAGGUUAGAAUUCGAACCAAGAAGAAAUGCAAACCACUAGACGAGGAUGCAUUUAGGCCCAUUUUGUACCACUAUGAUGGCCCCAAGUUCAGAUUGCAGCUCUCUGUGCCUGAGGCACUUGCAUUACUGGACUUGUUCGAAGAGGAGGACCCAUGAGGCAGAGGCCCUGUUAUUUCUCUUUGUUACAUAAUUGUUAUGUGAAAAAUAUGGACUUGUUUAGUUGUGUUCUUGUUCUCAGAGGAAAAAGGAAAAAAUGAAGGUUAAAAAAUAGCCAUAUUAUACCAUUUGACAUUGAAAAUUUGCAAAGAAGUGGAGAAUUUGAUCAUAAUAGAUUCGUGGAUUUCGUUGA